AUCCUGGGCGAGGUCGACAUGAAAGAGUUUACACCUUUUCUGGAUGAAGAGGUAUGCUCAAGGAUGCUCCAAAUUCCUUCGUCCCUUUCCUUGUUCAAAUUUCUACCAAUUAGAAGCACAAAUCCUCGAAUCACCGUCAUACAAGCUGAUGACAAAGACAAAAGAACGCAACUCCACGGCCGUUUUCAGAUUCGGCAAACGUCAGCAAAUACAUACUUUCCAUAUAUACAUACAUAGUUCAAGCAUGUGUUACAGAAUAUACCCCGCCAUUCCUGGCUUAAACGCAUUAUAUAUCUAGCGACCAUGAGCCACAUAAUUGAUCUUCAUCUACUUGACAUAAUUACCAAGCGAUAUUCCACAAUGACCGCCAUUCAUCUAAAUACUAUAAAUGCCGAUGGCAUCAAUAUGUUCUACAGAGAGGCUGGGCUUCCUGAAGCACCCACGCUCCUUCUUCUUCAUGGGUUCCCUAGCUCAUCCCAUCAAUACCGCAAUCUAAUUCCUCUCCUCUCCAAGAAAUACCAUCUCAUAGCACCAGAUCUCCCCGGUUUCGGAUUCACGGAAAUCCCCGAAUCUCGAAACUAUAAAUACACUUUCGAUUCUCUAACCACAUCUAUCGAAUCUUUCUUGCACGAACUUAAUAUACAAAAAUUCUCCAUGUACAUCUUCGACUACGGCGCACCCAUAGGACUACGUCUAGCACUCCGCCAUCCACAAGCCAUCCAGUCAAUCAUUUCCCAAAACGGCAAUGCCUAUACCGAAGGACUUGGUGAUUUCUGGACCCCCUUUCAAAAACUGUGGAAAGCCCAAACACCCGAAGAACUAUCCGCCUCCAAAGAACCCAUCAAAUCCAUCAUCUCCCUCGACUCAACCAAAUGGCAAUACAACACCGGAACCCCUCCAACGCAUCUCCAUAACAUCGCACCAGAAUCCUAUACUCUCGACUAUGCACUCCUUUCUCGUCCUGGAAAUGCAGAAAUCCAACUCGAUCUCUUCUAUGAUUAUCGUACGAAUUUAGAGUUUUAUCCCGCGUUUCAGAAGUUUUUUAGGGAGGAGAAUGUUCCUGUGCUCGCGGUUUGGGGUAGGAAUGAUGAGAUUUUUGUGAAGGCUGGGGCGGAGGCGUUUAAGAGGGAUUGCGGGAAUUUGGUGGUUGAGUUUUUGGAUGCGGGGCAUUUUGCUGUGGAAACACAUGUCGAGGAGAUUGCUGAGGCGAUUUUGAGGUUUAAGGAGAAGUUUGCUCUUUAGUUGGUAGAGUUGUUUGUGGUGGAAAAGUUGGGGUUUCUUUAUGUGGAAAUUUUGGACGGAUUAGUGUCGUCACUUUGAAUGGAAUGUAUUGUGCAAAGUUUCUUGAAAUUUCUUAUUGACUUAUCACAAGACAUCAUGUAUUAUCGUUCCUAGUAUUCGAUGAGAUCAUUCAGUGACGGAUAGAAACUGUUCAAUUCUAAAAAGAAAAAUUGCCGAAUAGUGUGAUGAAUCGGAAGACUUCACGGACGAAGUCUGCAAGCCCGGCAUGUCCGACAAUAUCAUUUUUCAUUCCUAACAAGAUUGUUAGAAGGUAGCAAGGAGACUGACGGGGAGUAUCACACGAGUUUAAUCUUUAACGAUAGAGAGAGGAUUGCCAAUUGAGGAU